GACAUCCGGCCUUGUACGGAGCCUACGCAGAUACUGCACUGUUGCUCGCAACCUCGUUGGACUCCUGGGACCCUCGUGUGGAUUGAAUGCCGGUGAUUGGCAAUGUUUCAUGGUUAGAGCCGCUAUAAUGUGGAAGCGAUAUUGUGGUUUACAAUCUGGAGUCCUGCCUUCUUGCCGGUGGCUGCUGCAUACGCUCGAGAUGCACAGAAAUUGAUUGGACUCGGUGCCGUAUGUGGAAUGUUACUAAAAACGUCGGCAAUUUUCCGUAUAAGGGCUUUGGCAAAAAGAACAUUCCGGACUCAAUGACCGACCCCGAUCUCAGAUCCUUUCGAUCGUCGAGGAAAUUGAUGCCUAAAUGUUUCUUUUCUUUUCUUUUGCGCCCUUACCCCUAGCAGCCCGCUUUGUAGCUCCAACCUUUCUUUGCCUGCCCUAUGGAGUUCUUUGCAUUACCGCUAGAUGAUAGCCACUGCUAUCAUGCGCUUCGAUUCAAGGUGUAACGCCGUCACUAUUUCAAUGUAAGCUACCAAACUUCCAUCAGAUGGCCUGGAGUACCUCGCACCAAGACGAUAACUUUUCGCACGACGGCGAAAAGGCCAGCACCCUCGUCGCGUGAAGGCGAUGGGGAGCUCGCGGAGUACAGGUCACGGAACAAAUGGUUUUUUACCCUCUAGUCGCACCGCCGCGGGACGAGGACGCAAAUUUGCAUACGGCCAACGUACCCCAAGGGAGUCGGGUGUUACCCGGAAUCCGGGGUUCGUGAACUUUUCCGGAAGAUUUGAUGUACAUAAGGUGAACGACCUCAACAUGGAGGAUCAAAGCCACCUCAAAUCGGUCUCAUCCCUUCAACGGCGCCUGCAUAUCUUCGACUUCGACUCUGCUCUGGCAGUUGAGCUUCACGUCAACGUCUAAAUUACACCAGUGCCAACUGUCGCUUCUCUCUUGCAAGUACUGUCUUCACGAUUACUUCCAAGCAACUGGCCUUCUCCCAUUAACGCUGUAUAUCACUCUAACGACCCACGCUUCAUGGAUUCUUACGCCCCUUCACCCGCCCACUUCACUUCUUCACGCGAGAUCGAGCCAAUCCCCGUGCAGACAUUAUCACAGGCUCAACUUCAUUCACAUCCGCUGUUCUCGAGCAACAACAGUGUUACGAAUCGCAUGAGUUGGUCUGAACAGUUCGAUACCUUUACGGCUUCGCAGACAUUUCCCAUGAGCUCUUCCCUUCAGCUCUCAAGAUCCCCUUCUCCCUGUCCGAUCUCCCUGUCACCCGCUCCGUUCAGCCCUGGCGGCUACUUUAAUCACGUCCAUACACUCGAGCAGGACUUCUGUUCGAAUUUCUCCUGCUGUGGCUUGUGUCUGGCAGGCAUGCAUCAACUUAUCGAUCAUUUUGAAGAAAACCAUGCCGUCGUUUUUGGCAAGGACGGACGGCCGAUAUAUCCUGUCACCGAAGAUACCACUACUCCCCAGACUAGUUCGGAUUCUGACAUGUCUCAUGACACCCAAGACAGAUGCUCCAGCAUCAUUGCUGAUUACCCUCAAACUCAUCCUCCACUCUCGCCAAGCUCCAUGCUCUCGGAGGGUAUAGGCACAGACGCUCGCCUUGCGUUUCAAACCGAACAUCUGUCCAAGCCUAACCGUCUUUUCUCCGAUAUCAUGGCUGAUUUCGAUCCUUUCGACUACGACCUUUCCUCAUCGUCCUCCUCCGCCAUGUCUUCGGCGUCGUCUUCAGCGAGGUCCUCUCCUAUCCCGAGUCAGCCUAUCUGUCUUCCGCCUUCACUUCUGACCAUCCCGCCGCCGUCUGUAAACAAUAAUUCAGAUCACGAUCAAGAUAUGUUGAUCGACGUGGUUGAUAUGCCUCCUCUCUCUGGAGCAAAAACACAUGGUGGUACUCCAAAGGAGAAGAAGCAGGUGCACAUCGGCCGACCUCCGAAGCCCCGAGUAUUCGACGUUGGUGGUCGACGCGGCAAGAGUGUUGAAGGUCAAUCUCCGCAGAAGAGACGUGAUAGGGAGAAGGCAUACAAAUGUCCUCAUUCAGGUUGCUCAAAGCAAUAUUUAAACCCAAAUGGACUCAAGUAUCACCUCGAAAAGGGGACUUGCUCUAUCGAUCCUUCGUAUGUCCCUCCAGCUCAGUCUCCGGCCAUCGCCACCCAGGCGUAAUCUCAACUCCAUCGCGUCAUAUCUCACCUUGCUCGCCUGCAGCAAGUUGCUCUCACGUCUUGUACCUCAUAUCUGCUAUCACGCCCCCUGAAGUCAUUCCCAGCUCUUGCGCUACCUUUCCCGACGCGGUUGACGUUCCUCCGCCUAAACUAGACGCUGAAUUUCGAACCCCACCCGAGCUUCGCUAUCCGUCACCGCUUUAUCUCUGCACCACCUCGCCUCAUGCCGUCUAAUCUUCCAUGCUUGCUGCGUCGUUCACUAUCACGCGUCGUCGGAAUUCGUCCUUAUCCCGAUAAUUACCCCCAAGAAAAUACUUCCUGCCCAUUUCAUGGGACAUAACGGCAGCCAAAGAUCCGAACCUUUACUUUAUACAGUGUAGCAACUCCUCUCCGUCUCGUUCCUUCACUUUUCCCGGGCCUCAAUUUGGCUAGGAUACAUAAUCUGCGUACAUGUAUAAUCUGUAGCUUUACUUUGCUGUUAUCAUGCCCCCCCUGUUCCGCUCUGGUCUAAUUCGAACCCUGUAUCUUAAUUGUAUCUACUCACUUGGGCCU